AGAUCUCGAAAAGUGCCAACUCUUUGGAGGCAACCUACAUGACACUACAUCAUGAGCGAGAGUAAAUGUGACAGUCAAUUUUACAGCGUUCAGGUUGCAGACUCCACAUUCACUGUACUUAAACGAUACCAGCAAUUGAAGCCGAUUGGCUCUGGGGCUCAAGGCAUUGUUUGUGCUGCAUUUGACACAGUCCUUGCAAUCAAUGUUGCUGUAAAGAAGUUGAGUCGUCCCUUUCAGAACCAAACACAUGCAAAACGAGCUUAUAGGGAACUUGUGCUUCUAAAGUGUGUCAAUCACAAAAAUAUAAUUAGUUUGUUAAAUGUAUUCACGCCACAGAAGUCUCUAGAAGAAUUUCAAGAUGUGUAUUUGGUUAUGGAAUUGAUGGAUGCUAACUUGUGCCAAGUUAUUCAUAUGGAGCUGGAUCAUGAACGAAUGUCUUAUCUUCUGUACCAGAUGUUAUGUGGAAUCAAACAUCUUCAUUCGGCUGGUAUCAUCCACAGAGAUUUAAAACCCAGCAAUAUAGUAGUAAAAUCAGAUUGUACUCUCAAAAUCCUUGAUUUUGGACUUGCAAGGACAGCAUGUACUAACUUCAUGAUGACCCCAUAUGUAGUAACACGGUAUUACAGAGCACCUGAGGUUAUUCUUGGCAUGGGAUACAAAGAAAAUGUUGAUAUCUGGUCAGUUGGUUGCAUCAUGGGAGAAUUGGUGAAAGGUUGUGUGAUAUUCCAAGGCACUGAUCACAUUGACCAGUGGAAUAAAGUUAUUGAACAAUUAGGUACACCUUCAGCAGACUUUAUGAAAAAACUACAGCCUACUGUGCGCAACUAUGUAGAAAACAGGCCAAAAUAUCCAGGUAUCAAAUUUGAAGAGCUUUUCCCAGACUGGAUAUUUCCUUCGGAAUCUGACCGUGACAAAAUAAAAACAAAUCAAGCGAGAGAUUUGCUAUCAAAAAUGCUAGUGGUAGAUCCGGACAAACGAAUAUCAGUAGAUGAAGCUUUGCGACAUCCAUAUAUCACAGUUUGGUAUGAUCCUGCUGAAGCUGAAGCACCACCACCUCAGAUCUAUGAUGCACAGUUGGAAGAAAGAGAACAUGCCAUUGAAGAAUGGAAAGAAUUAAUAUAUAAAGAAGUAAUGGACUGGGAAGAAAGAAAUAAGAAUGGUUUGGUAAAAGAACAGCCUUCAGCACAGAUGCAGCAGUGAAUAGCAACACCAGCCCUUCCCAAUCAUCAUCUAUCAACGACAUUUCAUCCAUGUCAACAGAACAAACUUUGGCUUCAGAUACAGACAGCAGUCUUGACGCCCUAACAGGAACACUUGAAGGAUGCCGGUGAUCAGUUUUGCAGAUACAACUUUGGCAAAGAAACUUUUGCUUCUGUUGGUCCUGAGUUGCUUGUAAGUGUAUGGAACCAAGUAGAAAAACUCCAUGUUCUGCAUGUUCCUUUAAAGUAAUGCCUGUGAUGUUACUCAGUUGCAAUAAGACUGUCUGCUUAAUAUUAUAGAAUGAAAGCAACUUUGUAUUUCAGAGGCAGCACAAUAUGCACAUUACUGUAACCGAUUUCAGUUAUGACCUAUAUCAGGUGAGCAGUUAAAUAACUCAUGAACAAAUGAGUUUGUGGAUACUUUAUCAGACUUCUGAAAUAUACACAUAACUAAUACAGAUUCACAAAAAGAAAGCCAUUGUAGGUGUUGUUGAAUGUAUAUCUACUUUCUGAAAUGUGUGGUAACAGACAUUUGCCAUAUUGGUGUAUCUUACUGGAAUUCUCAGUACUGUAAAAUGUAGAAGCAAUUUUUUUUAAGCAUAGCACUGUUUUCUUGAGGCCUUUUGCUCUUCAUCUCUCAAUUUUGUAUGCUUUCCCAUAGAAGAAGCAAGCUUGUGAAUUCUUGCCUCAGCUUUACAGCUGAAUGUGACUGUUUCUCUGAAUGUGGAUUUUAAUGCUUUUAUUUGGGGGGUAAGUGGAGUAAGCAGACAUAUGUCAUGGAGGAAUUUUUCUUAACUCUUGCAUGCAUCUAUGAAUUAAGUGUAUGGUUUUUAAAUUAAGAUUGUUUGCCUUUUUAUGAGCAAUUCAUUCUCAUGUGUAGAAAUCCUUGUCAUUUGUUUGGUUCAUGACCUACUGGGAUGGCCCCUCUUUUUCCUACUGUGAUGUUGCAGUGCAAAAGCUGGUCAUUUAUGAAUGUCAUGAAGAGGUUUUGGAGUUUGCCUGUCCCCUAGAGUAGACAUACAAGUACUUGCUUCUGUUGUGUGUUAAAGGGACCAUUACACAGUAUAUAAAUACUCUUAAACAGACAUCCAGAAUAAACUGAAGGGUGCACUAUUAUUGCAAAAAGUGAGAGACACUAUUUUAAAUACUGUACCACAUGAAAACCUACUUAAGUUUUUAAGGAAAAUUCUUUAAACAUAAUUGUGUUGUAUCUCCCUUCUCAGCAGUUCCAGAUUCCAGGAUAAAACACUCAGCUCUUUAGCCAGUUUAUUGGGAAAGGUUGGAGAGGGGGAGACUUCCUCCUACUCAGAAAAUGAUAAUCAGUUACAUCUUGAUCGUGAACAAAACCCUUCCAGCAUUUACAAAAAAAUUGUGUAUUAUAUAUGGGUUGCCAAAUUAGGUAUUGGAGGUGGUGUGGCAGGUGAAUAAAAUAGUGAAACAAUCCUGCAUUUUAACCAAUUAUUUCUGAAUUAUGAAAAAUUGUGUGUAUAUGGAAAAUGGGGAAGAAUGUCUUUAAGUUAAAGGGGAGGUCUCUUCAUUAAAAGGCUGGCAUAACUAUGUUAUUCUCAACAACCAAAGACAGAUUGCAUAUGCCACCUUUCUUCUCUAGCACCAGCACUUUAUGAACUAACUAGUUCUUUGUGGUGUGACUUUCAUAGGCAAUAGUGACUUCAAAAAUACCAUUCAGAUUGCUUCUAAUAUGCUGUUGCACCCUUUUUCUGUUUUUACCACUGCAGAGCUGACACAAUUUCUUCACUAGAGUUUGCUAUUGAAUCUUGGAGCUAUUUCACAUAUGCAUGUAAAUCCAUUGGCAUCAUGUUGCUUGAUGCGCCGCUGAACAUGUGAAUUGCCUCUCUUGAAAAUAUUGUGCUUUGUCAUAGCUGUUUUGAUAUAUGCAACCCAUCAUUUGUUGGCCUUCAUUGAGCACUAUGUUCAUUUGUUCUUAGACUAUUGUGAUUGCAAAAAAAUGGAGUGUCCUGUUCUCUUGACAUAUUUAUGUAGACAGAUCUUUAAUUGUUGUAGAACUUGAUUCCAAGUAAUUGUGUUUAAUGAAAGCAACAGUUGAAUGUUUCGAAGAGCCCUUUUGAAUUUAUCAGCUGGGAUACUCAUAACCCCUAGUACAUCCUAAAAAUGCUUAUGCACCCAUAUGGAGUUUUACGGAUUUCUUAUUGCAGCCCCUCAAAUAAUAUCCAAUGCUAUGUCCCCUAACUUUUAGGAGUGUAAGAAGCUAUGAUAAACGGGAGAGCUGAAAAACAUUUGUGAAAGUCUCCCUGUUUGUAUCUCAGCCUUGUUUCCUUUUAUUUGCAUAGCAGCAUCUUUAAGCACUAUGUUUCAGAGUAUUGUAAGUACACAAUAUAGGCUCAAGUCCCAAAUCUAAAUCUGGCAGUAGAAAAAGAGAAGGAAAAGAGAAAGGAUAUUGGAGACGAGUUAAAUGAAAAAAUCCACUGAGAGCAUUUUGCCUGACAAUUUGGCUCUAAAGUUUAAUUCAUAAAGUUGGCUGUGCUAUAUGAUGAAAUUUAUCUGAAUGAAGACAAUACAAAGACUUCCAGUCCAAUUAUAGGAAUUGUUAUAAUAAUGUUUUCAGUGAAAACUAGAAUAUGCUGAAUGAAACAUACAACCUUCCACUCAUUCAUGUUUGACUUGUUUUUUCUGUUUCAUGUUCUAGUGAAAAGUUUGUCAUUUUGAUUCUGCUUAAAGAAGCAUGUGUACUGGCUAUGAAACUGGGUUCUGAAUGUGUUGAAGACAGUAUAGAAAUAAAAGUACCCCCUGCAGAAAAAUGAUAAA